GAAUACCUUAUGAAUUUUGGGCUACUGAUCAUGAAAAUCACCAUGAAAUUUCCCUAUCAUGCACUAUUUUUUAAUAAACUAAGUUUAUUAUUUCAAUUCAUAAUUCAAGUCAAUGAAAAUGUUGCCUACAAUGUAAGCUGGAAAGUUUCCCAUCUUGUCCAGGCAUGCUUGGGCAAGCUUAGGCGGCACGGCUGCUGCAUGACAGGACAGGUUUUAGUAAUAAUUAUUGGGUUCAGGACUGUAAGGAUGGAAUUUGCUAUCAUCAGGCACAAGAAUUUCUAUGAAGGAUUUUGAUAUUUCAGACAGAUGCUUCCCAGAAUAACUGAUCAAGGAAGGCAUUUUUGUUGGUCCACAAAUCAAACAACUCAUCAAUGACAGGUAAUUUGAAGAAUUUCUAGUGGAACCGAAGAAAAUCACAUGGAAGGCAUUCAAGGAAUUUGUUGAAAUUUUUCUCGGCAUCUACAGAGCACCAAACUACAUGCAGCUGGUUGAAAGCAUGCUUCAAGCAUAUAAAACCAUGAAAUGCAACAUGUCACUAAAGAUUCAUUUUCUGCAUUCCCAUUUAGACUUCUUCCCUGCAAGUCUUGGUGCUGCUGGCGAUGAGCACGGUGAAAGGUUUCACCAGGACGUUGUGGUCAUGGAGAAAAGAUACCAGGGCAACUGGAAUCCAUCAAUGCCGCAAUAUGCCGCCCUGCUGACACCACAAUUUGAUUUGAACCGAACCGUAACAUGGUUAGCCGCCGAAGGGAUACCAGGUAGCUACCUGGGUGCUGGUUUCCAUUUAGAAGGGCAAGAGCUACACAGCAUCAAGGAUGGGAUGUACUAUGUAUACGCCAAGCUGAAAGUGAAAUGCACCGUCCUGAAUCGAUGCGGAAACACUUUGCCUGUCAAGUUAGAACUCAAGCAUUGCAGAAGGGGUACCUGCAAUCAACUUUUGAGCAUGGAGGCGAAGCUGUUGCAGGAAGCAGAGGAUGCGUUUGAUCAGUCUAGCACACUAGUCUACAUGACAUCCAAGAGUUGGAUUCAAGCCACAAUCCACUAUCCGAAGCAGGAAAAUGUCGAACUGGAUAUCCCUGACACGUAUUUUGGAGCAUUUCUGAUAUAAAGUUAGAUUCUCUCCGAUUGUACAACAGGCAGCACUUUAACAAACCUCAGGGUUUUGAAUUCUGGAGGAAUAACUUCCAUACAACUCAAGGACUAUCAAUGGUACGGGUGCAAAUUAUUUAUUGUUAUGUAACUCUCCUGCUGUAGACUUGGUUGAUUCAUUUGGUUGGGAGAGGGGAUAAUGCUUACUGCUCACUACACUAUUUAUAUAAGAGCAUUUAGUCCCGCGGUACAAUGUUUCAAUCAGCAAGAGAUGGGUUACUGGACAUGUUGUAUGUCCAUUGUCUGAUGUUCAGAUGCAAUAUUCCUAAUUUGGAAUUAUCUAAUGAAACCUCUUUUCAUAAGAGGUAAAAUAUUAUGUAAACAAAUGUUACAUUGCACUGUUAAGUGAAGUAAUGUUCCUCAAGUCUGUUACGUAAUUAGGGGGAGAAUGAAGGCACCCAACAAGAGUGGCACAUGUUAGCAGUUCCCUAUCCGGGUGCAUAAAUUAGUGGAUACAGACAGGCUCCAAAGAGAGAGACAGUGAAAGUGUAAGGUGAAAGAAAAUUGGCAGAAAAGCUAUCCUCUGCAUCCUGGGACCUUCCUAUUUGUGCCCCAAUCCAGCAAUAUUAGUAAUAGUACAAUAGUAACUAUGUGCUAUUGUAUUUACUUCAUGACAAGAUACCUAGAAAUGACUUUAUUCAUAAGAGUUAUGGCACCAAUGAUUCCAUAGGGUGCAUAAGUACUUAACAGGAGCAGGUCUGGACCUCAGGAAGGAUUUUGGGUGACAUAGGUACUUUUGUCACAAUAAUAUAAUACUCUCUGUAAAGAUCAAUUCAACUCUGUAAAAUAAUAUUCUCUUCUGCAUUGACUAAAACCAAAGUAACUCAACAGGGAUGGAAUUUGGAGCACCGGGCAGUCCUCACAUAUAAAAAUUUGUAAGCAUCUGUUCUGAAAUCACUGGGUUGUCAUUUAGUUUUUAUGUGUUCCCAUCGGACUGAUGCCGUUACUUCACAUUUACAGAAAAGUUAAUGUAAUAUUUUCAUUUGAAUGUAAUUUAUUUGCACUAAUGUAUUCUUUGUGUUUACUGAAUCAUAAGAUAAAUAUAAUUUUAUUUGCAAAAUAUUCACCAUCUGAAAUAUUUAUAAUACAAACAUUUGCUCAAUUCUAUUUAGUAAUUUUAUGCUUUCCUUCGGUGCAUAAGUCUGUUCAAAGGUGUUUCUAUCUUCUUAUGUUAGGUUUACAAUGCUUCUCAUCCAAUCUUUCCACGUUCCUUUCUCAUGUCCUGAAUGAUCUGAUGUAUUGGGUUAGAUCCCCAAACCCUUGUGAAACGAACAUUUUAAAUCUAAAAUCUGGAUGGAGCAGGUCAUAUGUAGUCAUCUGUUCCAAGCCUAUUCCAUCUUUAUUCAAAUUUUAUAGGGCAAAUCGUCUGGUCUCAUGACUAAGAAGUUUGAAAACAUUGACUGGUUUUCUCUUUCUAAUCCAGUGGUUUCACUGCAGACUGAAUUCAUAACUUUACAGAUCUCUGUGGUUCAUUACCAUAGCAGAGGUUACAACAAAGGAGUGAUCUGAAAUAAUAACCCUACCUUGGUCUUUCAUUAGAUGCUGCUUCACUUACAAAAUAAUGCUUCCAGUGUUGACAUAACCUUCUUAGUACAUUUAUUCAUUCACCUUUAAGUACCUUAAGUUCAAAUUCCCGCUUAUUGUCAUCUGGCUGUACAUAUAUACAACUGAAUGAAACAGAUUUAUUAAGAAGUCUGAACAAUAUACUUUUCAUCCAAUAUUACAAAGUCAUGAUGCCCCAGAUCAGUGAAUUUCAUCAUUUUUAUUUCAUUUAAUCUCUGUGUAUUCACCUUAAAUGUCAAUUAAAAUCCAUGAAAAUUCAUAUGAACUAAACAGGGAAGACCUGCAGUAUUCAUAUUAUUAACAGAACUGAUAUUUUCUAUAAAAUGUUCAAAUCAUACAUUCCAAACCCUACUCACCACUGUUAGUCAAAAGCAGCAAGCGCAUGGGUAUACUAUUAUCUCCAGGUUACAAAUCGUAAAAUAUCCAGAUUUUGGAAAUACAUUCCCAUGGUUCAUUGCAUCUAGAGCAAAUUCCUUUCCUACUAGUAUGUAAGCAACUUUAUUGUAUGAACUACUGCAACUCAAAGAAAUACCUCAACAUAUGUUCUCAGGCACACCAGGAUAACCAAUAAAUGCAAGCUUACUCCAAACUGGGUCUUUUGAUGUUUGUUUUCUGCCUGUUCGUCAGUCACAGGUUCACUCUAUUUGU